AUGACUCUGCUCGGUGUUGCCUUAACGGCUCUAUUGGCGUUCUCGCCGCUCGCCUUGGGAUUAUCCUCCACGCUUGAGCAGGUCGAUGACUUUGGCGACAACCCCACCAACGUCGGCAUGUACUACUACAAGCCAGAAAACGUGACCGAGAACCCCGCCCUCAUCGUCGCCAUCCACUACUGCACGGGAACGGGCACCGCGUACUUCGAGGGUACGCCCUACGCGCAGCUGGCGGACGAAUACGGGUUCAUCGUCAUCUACCCCAGCUCGCCCAACGAGGGCACCUGCUGGGACGUCAGUUCCUUCGAGACGCUCAAGCACGGCGCGGGCGGCGACAGCUACGGCAUCGCCAACAUGGUCGGCUACGCACAGACCGACUGGGGCGUCGACCCCGCGCGCGUCUUCGUCACCGGGACUUCGUCGGGAGCGAUGAUGACAAACGUCCUCGCCGCCGCCUACCCCGACCUCUUCGCGGCCGGCAUCGUCUACUCGGGCGUCGCCGCGGGCUGCUUCAUGUCCUCCACCGGUGGCGUCGACGCGUGGAACUCGACCUGCUCGACCGGCGCGUCGACCGCGACGCCGGAGCAGUGGGCGAACGUCGUCUACGACAUGUACCCGGACUACACGGGCGAGUACCCGCGCAUGCAGGAGUACCACGGGACCGCGGACGACGCGCUCGAGUACCCGAACUUCGCGGAGGAGGUGAAGCAGUGGGCAGGCGUGUUUGGGUACGAUGCGGAGAGUCCGGUGCAGACGCUGGAGGAUACGCCGUUGGAGGGGUAUACGAAGUUUGUGUACGGUGAUCGGCUGCAGGGGAUCUCCGCGGAGGGCGUUGGGCAUACUGUACCGGUGCAGGGCGAGGAGGAUUUGAAGUGGUUUGGUAUCAUCUGA